UAAAGGAUUAGAUAAUCAUAAGAUAUGUGUGGAAAUAUUGUUAAUUGUAGGAUUUAAAUUCACGAGGAAGAGUUGCGGUCCUUUACGCACAAAGUAGAUGGGCGCGUUAAGAAUUACCCACGCCAAAAAAAAAACACCUUAACUCCACCCACGGGCUGAUUGAAUGAGGACAGAAGGGGUGGAGCGGUUCAUAACGUGCUGUCAAGAGUUGAAGUCAGGGAUAGUGGGCGACUGGAGAACAGAGGAAACAGAAUAAGAGGGUAGGUUGGACAGAGAGGAUGUGAAAUUGCAUCAAGAUCAUACUUGGACGUAAAUGUUGUCCUUGAGUAUGAACUAUAUACUGGCAUCUAAAAUAUCUUAAACUCUCUGUUGGCUGCUGACAUUAUGAGUGAAGACAAUGAGAGCGUUUUUUUGAAUAGGUCACUGACUCAGCUGGACCUCUUCAGCAAUCUGGAGGACAUCGACGUGACAGCUGAUGGGAGCCCGAUACUCAGAUUCCUCAUCUGCCUCGUCUAUUCUGUCGUAUGCGCUGUGGGUCUGGUUGGCAAUUUGUUGGUCCUCUUCUUUAUCAGGGUCAAGCAAGAGAGGAGGAAGUCCAGAGUGAACUUCUUUGUGCUUAACUUGGCAGUGACAGACCUGCAGUUUGUGCUCACUCUGCCCUUCUGGGCCGUGGACACCGUGCUGGACUUCAGCUGGCCUUUUGGAGACGCGAUGUGCAAAAUCGUCCUCUCUGUCACGGUAAUGAACAUGUACGCCAGUGUGUUUUUCCUCACUGCCAUGAGCGUGACCCGCUACUGGUCAGUCGCCUCAGCUCUGAAGAACAGGACCUUGCAGAGGUCGUGUUCCGCCAAAUGGAUUUGCGCAACUAUUUGGACUUUGGCGACUGUGGCGACAGCGCCGACGUCGAUUUUCUCAACUGUCAGCAACGUGACAGGUGAAAAACUCUGUCUGAUGAGGUUUCCAGGAGGACAAUACUGGUUAGCGGUUUAUCACAUACAGAAAAUAAUUGUAGGCUUUGUGUUGCCGAUGUCCAUUGUGUCUAUCAGCUACUUAAUGCUCCUGCGUUUCAUCCGCAAACGGAGUAUGAAAACAAGCAACCCCAAACGGAGAUCCCAAGUCACGAAAUCUAUUACCAUCAUCAUGUUAUCCUUUUUCUUUUGCUGGAUGCCAAACCAUGCCAUCACUUUGUGGAGUGUGUUGGUCAAAAUGAACGUUGCUAACUGGGACAAAGCGUACUACAUUGUCCACACAUACGUGUUUCCUCUGACCGUGUGUCUGGCGCACACUAACAGCUGCCUGAACCCGAUCAUUUACUGCCUCAUGAGGAAGGAGUUUAGGGACAAAUUGCGAGGUUUUGUGCAUAGAGGAUAGUCGUUUUGAAGCUUUGUGGACGAUUUAACGAAGCGCGCAAUUUAUUGGUAAACUGAAACCAAGACGCACCGGAUGCGCACGGCAUAGAAGCAUCUACAGACCCGAACCUGCUUAUAAAACCUGCUUGUCAUCGCUUCUAGUCCUUCAAACAUGCGUAAAAUGUAACUGAAAUAAUUCCAUCCGAGUCAACUAUGCGAAUAGAAACAUCUAAUUAUAUGUAAAGAGAAAAAAAAGCUACACAAGUGUAGCAUUGCUUGUUUAUUAACAAUAAUGUAUGCUUGGCAUCAGUAGUCCACGGUCCGCGCGUAUUUACGCAUCACAGCCUGCACAGUAUUGUUCUAUUACCGCAUUUAUGUGGUGUGGCCAAAUGCUUUCUGCGUCCAUGGGUGAAUGUCUUACGAUAAGUGCAUUUAUAGAAAAUCGUGAGUCAGCCAGUCAGUCAGACAAAGUUGAUAAACUCAGCUGUUUUGACCCAAAAGACGGAAUGACUGUAUGAAAUAUGAUUGUUGUAAAUACGCGAAAACUGUA